UAUCAACAAAACGUUCCCGAAUGCGAGCUGGCUUAGAAAGCCCGGCGAGCUCGCAUUCGUAUUUCAUGGAUGCGAACGUAUAAAACAGUACAACACAGCAUAGUUCGGUAAAAGUCAGACCGUACCUCCCUCUCUACACGGUGUGCUUGCUGCCAUAGAGAUAUACACUUUCUACCCCGAGCCUACAAGUGGCACCUGAAGCUGGAAUUUCGGCACUGUGUGCACAGUGUUGCAAGCCGGUGAACCCGAUCGUGGAAUACCAACACGGGCGAGCGGCGAUGGCAUCUCUACUAUCAUCCCUGGGCCUCCGAGCAACAAACCCGCUCUCACCACUUCCUUCCCACGCAGCAAGCUACCUCAUCUUCCACUUCCUCUUCGCCUACGGCGUCCUCUCCUCCCGCACGCUCAAGCAGAUCUACGGCCUUGACCACAACGUCAGCCCGCGCGAGGAUCUGGGCAAAUACGGGCCUGAAGCCGUCAAAAGCGGCAAGAUCACCCAGAAGCAGCUCGACAUGAUGAAACGCACCGAGAGCGCUUCCGCCAACAGUGUGGAGCACUACACGCUUUUCGUGGCGUCGAUGCUCUGGGCGCAGAUGACGGGAUUGCCGAACGCGGAGAUCAAUGCGAGUGCGCUUGUGUAUACGCUGGCGAGGGUGGUGUAUGCGGCGGUGUAUGUACUGGUUGAUCGGCCAGCUUUGAGUCAGAUAAGGGGUUUAAUGUGGUGGACGAGCAACCUGGUGUGCUUCCGGCUGCUGUGGCUCGGUGGCACGGCGAUCAAUCGGACGGUCGCAUUGAGCUAGACUGCGAGGACGAUCACGGCUAGCUGGUUUGAUGAUGCUGCUGCCGCUAUGAGCGAUUGCGGUUCGUCAGUCAACAUUCUCCGACCGAAAGUGGCUUGCGGCUUUUGGUAUCGUAACUGCGGUCAGACAGGCCUUUGAUUCAUUCCUUCACAGAGCGUAGGAUUUCAACAACGUUUCAAAUGCA